AUGUCGGCCAAUGGCUGGCUCUUAAUAGAAGUAGAAGCGCUUUGCGACAUUCUUUCCAGUCAUCUAUCACAACCCGAGAUAAAUGGCCAAUUUUCGAAGAUCGAUUGGGACGCAGUUGCGAAAAAAUAUAACAGUCACUUUGCAGGCGUUCUCCACAAGAGAGGCUCGCCAUUUGAAGACAUGACCAAGAUGUUGAAUAAAGAUGUCUACGCAUGCGGAAGAACUGCAAUUGCUAUCAGGAGGCAUACUGUGCUGUUGCGUAACGGCUUGAGGGCCAUCACCGGCUUUGCAAUAGCUCAAGACUGCCGGUGUAGACGACCCAAAGGAGCUAGGAAUCUAUGA